AUGGACCAGCGACCAAGGUAUAACGCUUCAUCUAGCUUCUCUAUUGAUAACAUUUUAAGCGACAGGAAAGAAGAACAGAGGUCUAGCUUUCCUUUUGAGUACCAACAUCAAGGCACACCUGACUACCUGCAACACAGUGCACACACAACUUAUCCACCUCAGCAGUUUCAUCAUCACCCUUUGGGUUCCGCGUGGUCUUCAUGUCAGCCUUAUAGUUGUCCCCCGUUUGACAGAUCUCGGAAAACGACGGGUAAGUAUAUUUAAUGUAUUUAAUGAAUCACUUGACUUCACUGACUAAGAAUGACAACCUGAUUAUUAUUAUAAUAAUAUAGUGAGAACUUCUAACUAACAAAUUAAAACAAGACUGACUCAAGAAGGCAAAAUUUAGGGAGUAAUCUAAUCAUCUGUGCAUCCACUGUAAGUAUCAGUUGAUGUCAAAUGAAUUUUCAAGGAGAUCACAAGCCUUAUCGAUGAUUUUCGUUAAAAAUUUCACGCAUCGUUUUUGAUCAUGUUGUUCAAGAGAAAAUAAACUGAAACUAUAAGCCAAGACCGGAAAAUAAAAGUAAAACGAAAUUAGUCUCUAAAGAAACUCGGCGGGUACCACAUUGGUGGAGAAGUCGGAAAAAAGAAGUAUAUCUUAUCACCUGAGUUAAUGAAUAAUCAAUUAAUGGAAAAGUGAUAGUUCAGAUCGAAAGGGGAAAUUGACGCAGAAAAUAAAGUUUCCGGAAAAAUAAGCAAUAUUAGCUAUCCAAGGGAGUAUUGGGUUAGAAAAUAAACUGCUUAAUUUCUUACCCUUUCUACAUAAUAUCUGAAAGUUAAGGUAACUUAGAGUUUUUGAUAAGGAAAAGUAAAGGUAGGGAAGGCCGAGUCUUAAUCAGUGACUGCCGGUGGGCACUCACUAGUACAGGGCAAUUGCUUGAGGUCAAACAUAAUAUUUAGUUGGUUAAUUGUGAUUUUGUACAUGAGUUUGAGCUAAUUUCGCAAUGGCAUCAAGCGCGCAAGUAGAUUUCGGUAAAUGCUUUAUUUGCAUGUACAGGAGUUAUAACUGACUUUAAGGAUUUGAAUCUGAACCAUAACUAGUAUCUGACUGAAGCAUUUUAAGAUGUCUAAAACAUGAAAAGCCCCUUAAAAACGAGAUUGUAAAGAAAGUGUUUUAAUAUAUUUUUUUCGUUGUCUUUAUUGAUAACGGUUUUCUUGAGCCAUAAAAUGAAGAAAGUAACCGCCUCUAUUUUAAUAUAGUUAUCUGUUCGAUCAAAUUUCGUCCGAAAUGAGUGACAAGAAAGCAACACAAUAAUAUACAAGAAUGAAAGCAGAAAAAUGAAAACCUGAUUUCAGGUUAGAAAACUUUGUUUUGGAGGUUAGUUAUUCUUAAACUGGGAAUGUCAGGUUUUCUUAGAUUGGUAUUAAUUGUUUGUCCAUCCGAUCAGGACAUAACAUCUUACCAAGCUAUAGCUACAACGUAAGUUCAACUUAUUUUAACGAGCGCUUUUAAGGUGUUUGAACUUGCAUUAAUUUAACAUAAUUGUAGUAUUAAAAGUUAAGCCGAUCAUUGAAGUGAGCUAGAUAGAGUUUUUUGUUGUCUAAGAUACCUAGUGUCGGUUACCGUGGCCCUUAAAGAAGACUAUGUUUCAGUUCUGUUCAAUAAAAUAGCAUAGUGCUAAAAAAAGAUUUCAUUUAAAAAGUCACUUUAAAGGUUGACAUCAAGAGGCCCGUUUCUCGAAAGUCCCUUUAACUUUUCGGGCCUGAAAUCAAAUAGCUAUUGAAAUAAAAAAUCUGAAUAAAAGGGGGGGUCCUAGCUGACAAACCAGUCCAUUUUUGUUUUGUUAACUGUUAGUGUUAUCAUGCUAGUGCAAACUACUGAAACCUCGAUGCUAAGCUUCCCGGCCUGAUAAUUAUCAGGACUUUCGAGAAACGGGCCCCAGAUGCCACAUCUUGAAACUGGGCCCAAAAGAAUGGCACUGAGCAAAUAACUGAUGACCAGUAGGAAAAACUCUUUGAAUGCAGAGGUCCACGCAACACGUAAAUAUAACUGACUGGUUCCUUUUGUCGGAUCUCUAAUAAAACAAACCUGAAUGUAGGGCUGGCACUACGGCAAAGGGCUGAUUUAUUAUAAGCCAAUAUUUCGCCUAACAAAAUUAAAUUUAAAUUUAAGGAGCCUAUAAAAGAUAUUUUCUCUCGGUAUAGCUCUGGUCCUGAGGAAGGCUAGGAAGGAAAUAUUGGCCUAUCAUAAAUCAGCCCUUUGCCGUAGUGCCAGCUCUGCAUUCAGUUUUAUUUUAGCUUUUGUUGAUGACCAGUAGCUAUCCGUCAUGGUUUUUGUAAUUUUGAGUCCAUUAAGGAUAGUACUUGCUGACCUAUUAACAGGUAAACUUGUUUCGAUUCUUUGUUUCAGUAUUGCAACACGAGAGCAGUGCGCGCGAGCGAAGAAGAGGCCGUGAUCCAACGAAGAAAAGAAAACGAACUGCAUUCACCGCAGCUCAAGUGAAGGAACUUGAGGGAGAAUUUCGAAGAAGCAAAUACUUGACAAUUUCGCGUCGAACAGAACUUUCAAAAUCUCUCAAGCUAACUGAAACACAAAUCAAAAUUUGGUUUCAAAAUCGCCGCACUAAAUGGAAGAGAAAAAUCGCCGCUGAGAUGGAAUUCAGCGCGCACUCGCCUGGAAACUUGUAUGGUGGUCCCCCUCAUCCGGGACUUCAUCACUGCAAUCAACAUUGUCACCCUGGUACGUGCGCCAUGCCUUAUAACAUUUGCCAAACAGGUUUCAAACCAGUUUUUUGUCACCCCCAAGUGCCUUUCACCUAAAUAGGCGAGAAUAAUUAUAUGGUACAACUGAGGUGACUAUAGGAAAAAAUUGUUCAUCGGCGAGUAUAUAAAACAAUGGUAUCCUAGUUCAAAGCAUAUCUGAUCACUAUUGCCCUUCAAAUGAACAUGCAGUUGAUGGGAAAUAGACAGACUGUAGCUAAAGCGACAACUUUGGUUUAAAGGUACGAUUCACACCCUCAACACGGAGAUCUGAUCUCACUUGUGACGAUUGACUACACUAUCUAAAUGCAAUUUUCGGAAAGUGCGCAACAUAUGAAACUAACGACUAGAUUUCCGUAUACCUCUUUGGCUUUGUUGGUUUACAGAUUACAAACAAUACGAUGUUUCUCUAGAACACUAUUUCUUUUAAAUUCCUCCAUCAUGCACGUAAUUUGGGUGUAUAUUUCAUAAAAAGACGAACACAAAAAUGUCACUCGAGAACGUAACAUGAUGUGAAGUGGAACAACUUGCUGGUAUUGAUAUCUUUGUUGUUUCCCGGCCGCUCUAGUUGCAUAUUGAUUUGUUUAAAUUUCUGUUUCAUAUAUUUGGACCAACAAACGUAAUGAAUCAAAGCAUGAAGUCAGCCAUAAUUUACAUGUAAAGCCCUGGCCUCAGUUGCUCAUAAGGUGGAUAGUGCUAUCCGACAGGUAAAUCACUAUACUAUUCAGUGGAUAACGCAACUGGUUUCUGUAAUACUUAUCUACUAGAUAGUCAUAUAUCCACUGGAUAGGGCGCGCUAACCAGUGUUCGAACAACUGAAGAGGUAAGGGAAAUAAACAUUGUUGUCAUUCGAUGCAAAUUUUUUCCUUUUCAUUGGCCGAAAGCCCACCACUUGUCCUGAAAAUAACUGUCUACAAAUAAUGGUCU